CCCGGCUGCUCUCCACAUCCUCUCUGCCUCUCAACAUCAUGCUUCUCGCCAAUUUGCUCAGGUCCUGCUGCCUCUUGCUGCUCCUGGGGGCUCUGCCUUCUCGGGCAACCAAGGAGGACCCCAUUGAGAAAGUCAUAGAAGGGUUCAGCCGUGGGCUGAGCACCGCGGAGAGAGAGGUGGGCAAAGCCCUUCAAGGCAUCAAUAACGGAAUCACCCAAGCUGGAAGGGAAGUGGAGAGAGUUUUUAAUGGACUUAGCAGCAUGGGGGCCCAGGCUGGCACGGAGAUGGAGCGUGGCUUGGACAAGGUAGCCCACGGCAUCAACAAUGGAGUCGAAACCGCAGUAAAGGAAACAGAGAAGUUUACCCACGGGGUCAACCACGCCGUUGGACAGGCCGGAAAGGAAGCAGAAAAAGUGGCCCAAGGGGUCCAAGCUGGGGUCAACCAGGCCGGGAAGGAGGCAGAGAAAGUUGGCCAAGGGGUCCACUACGCUGCUGGCCAGGCCGGAAAGGAAGCAGAAAAAGUGGCCCAAGGGGUCCAAGCUGGGGUCAACCAGGCCGGGAAGGAGGCAGAGAAAGUUGGCCAAGGGGUCCACUACGCUGCUGGCCAGGCCGGAAAGGAAGCGGAGAACCUUGGCCAAGGUGUCCACCACGCUGCUGGCCAGGCCGGAAAGGAGGCCAACCAGCGGCUGAAUGGCACUCGUCCAGGCGUGUACGGAGGCCAACACGGAGGGGCCGCCAGCACUACAGCAGUAUCUGGGGCCUCGGUCAACAAGCCGUUCAUCAACUUCCCAGCUCUGUGGAGGAGCAUCGCCGCCAUCAUGCCCUGAACUGAUGCCCGGGCAGCAGCCUGUUCCUGUUGUCAGCUGAAAUGGCCCAGAGGAGCUGAGGGGUUGGGGGAGAGCUUCCCGGGUGCCCUUAAAGGGGCUGCUUUGAGCUUUGUGAAUAAACAUGAACAUGCUGUCCCUUUUCAUCA